AUGUUUCCUUCCUGCGUGUCUUUUCUCUCCAUCAUGCAUACCUCCCUCUGUGCUGUGUGUGUUCUGGUAUGCAUACCAGCAGCACAGCAGUGCAAUGCGGUGCGCUAUGUUGUGCUCCUCCGCGUUGCUGCGCGGCAGGUCACUACUGAGGAUCACGGCAGUGGUGGCAGACUGGGCGGGGAUACCCGAGGAGGAGGCGCUGGAGGUGAUGGCGAGGAGCCACAGGUGGCACCUCAUCAAGCGUCUUACCCUGCCGCACCCCAUCAAGCGUCUUACCCUGCCGCACCCCAUCCCGCCCUCCCUCUGUGUGUUGCCUCUUGCUGCUGCAGGACGUUGCUGAGGAUCCGCGCAGUGGCGGCGGACUGGGCGGGGAUUCCGGAGGAGGAGGCACUGUCAAUGAGGACGCUCCUCAUGUUCUAUGCUAUGCUCUAUCUUGUGCUCCUCCUCCUUGCUGCUCCGCUGCAGGACGUUGCUGAGGAUCCGCGCAGUGGCGGCGGACUGGGCGGGGAUUCCGGAGAAGGAGGCACUGUCAAUGAGGACCCUCCUCAUGACGUUGCUGAGGAUCCACGCAGUGGCGGCGGACUGGGCGGGGAUUCCGGAGAAGGAGGCACUGUCAAUGAGGACCCUCCUCAUGACGUUGCUGAGGAUCCGCGCAGUGGCGGCGGACUGGGCGGGGAUUCCGGAGGAGGAGGCGCUGGAGCGCAUUUUGAACGCCUGCGGCUCUUCUUCCCCUGGCCUCCUGCUCUUCUUCCCCUGGCCUCCUGCUCUUCUUCCCCUGGCCUCCUGCUCUUCUUCCCCUGGCCUCCUGCUCUUCUUCCCCUGGCCUCCUGCUCUUCUUCCCCUGGCCUCCUGCUCUUCUUCCCCUGGCCUCCUGCUCUUCUUCCCCUGGCCUCCUGCUCUUCUUCCCCUGGCCUCCUGCUCUUCUUCCCCUGGCCUCCUGCUCUUCUUCCCCUGGCCUCCUGCUCUUCUUCCCCUGGCCUCCUGCUCUUCUUCCCCUGGCCUCCUGCUCUUCUUCCCCUGGCCUCCUGCUCUUCUUCCCCUGGCCUCCUGCUCUUCUUCCCCUGGCCUCCUGCUCUUCUUCCCCUGGCCUCCUGCUCUUCUUCCCCUGGCCUCCUGCUCUUCUUCCCCUCCUGCUCUUCCCCUGGCCUCCUGCUCUUCUUCCCCUGGCCUCCUGCUCUUCUUCCCCUGGCCUCCUGCUCUUCUUCCCCUGGCCUCCUGCUCUUCUUCCCCUGGCCUCCUGCUCUUCUUCCCCUGGCCUCCUGCUCUUCUUCCCCUGGCCUCCUGCUCUUCUUCCCCUGGCCUCCUGCUCUUCUUCCCCGCCUCCUGCUCUUCUUCCCCGCCUCCUGCUCUUCUUCCCCGCCUCCUGCUCUUCUUCCCCGCCUCCUGCUCUUCUUCCCCGCCUGCGGCUCUUCUUCCCCUGGCCUCCUGCUCUUCUUCCCCUGGCCUCCUGCCCUGCAGAGCGCUGGUGAUCGGAGCAAGUGCCGGAGUGAAAGGAUGGCAAAGGCACCAUCAUCACAGCCUAUCCCUUGUGCUUCCCUUGUGCUUCCAUUGCUUCCCCUCCUUCCUUCAUCUCUUCCCUCCCUUCCCCUGCAGAUUCACUGUCUGCAGCAUCUGGUGCAGGCGCUGGUGAUCGGAGCAAGCGCGGGAGUGAAAGAUAUUCACUGCCUACAGCACUUGGUGCAGGCGCUGGUGAUCGGGGCAAGCGCGGGAGUGAAAGGGGGUUUUUUCGGUCCAGAGAAGAGCAAGCAGGGGGGCAAGGAGGAGGGGGGGAAGAGUCGCAGCAAGGGCAGAGACAGGGAGGUGUCAGCCAGUGAAAUCAAGGAGUUGGAUAACUUCUUGCAGCGCCUGCUCUUCUUCCCACACUUGCUUGAUUACCCAAGUACGCGUCUCAAGAGGGACAGGGAGGUAUCAGCGAGUGAGAUCAAGGAGCUGGAUAACUUCCUGCAGCGCCUGCUCUUCUUCCCGCACCUACUCGACUACCCCAACGCCUUGCUGCAGGUUACAGACCUCUCCUUCCUGUGGCUGCGGGAGUCGUUUCUAGACCCAGCAGCAACGGCACAGGUCCCUCUCUCGGCCAGCCUCCCUGCUGCUGGGGCUGGGGAUUCUGCUGCUACUGCUGCUGCUACCACUGCUGGUGCUUCUACUGCUGCUGCUGCUGCUGGUGCUGCUGCUGGUGCUGCUGCUGGUGCUGCUGCUGGUGCUGCUGCUGGUGGUGCUGGUGGUGCUGGUGGUGCUGGUGCUGGUGGUGCUGGUGCUGGUGGUGCUGGUGGUGCUGCUGGUGGUGCUGGUGGUGCUGCUGGUGGUGCUGGUGGUGCUGCUGGUGGUGCUGGUGGUGCUGCUGGUGGUGCUGCUGCUGGUGGUGCUGCUGGUGGUGCUGGCGUGACGGGGACCCCGUGGGCGCCAUCGCUACCAGACGCAGUGCUGCUGCCGUUCACCAUCUAUGACGAUGCAGCUGAUGCGGCUCUUCGGUCGCUCAAGAGGCAGUUCCUCUUUGAUGAGGUGGAGGCGGAGGUGAGAGAGAAGCAAGGGCACUCUUGGGCAUCGCUACCAGAUGCAGUGCUGCUGCCGUUCUCCUUUUAUGAUGAUGUAGUUCAUGUGGCUCUUCGGUCGCUCAAGAGGCAGUUCCUCUUUUAUGAGGUGGAGGCGGAGGUGGGAGUGGCAUUCGACCAGCUGCUGGAAAAGCUGGCACUGGCCAUCUUCACCCACUUCAAGCAGUGUGCCGCCAGCAAGCUGCUGGACAAGUCGUUUGUGGCGGCAGCAGCAGCCCUGGGCGUGGGAGGGUCCGUGACACUCCGGUUUCCUCCUUCCCUCCUUGCUUCACAUCCCCCCAUCCCCCACCCAACGGUGCCGUUCCUCCUUGCUUCUCCAUCAUGCAGCAAGCUGCUGGACAAGUCGUUUGUGGCGGCAGCGGCAGCGCUGGGCGUGGGAGGGACGUACAGCGUGACUCCAUGCAGCUACAGCGGGCUGUUGCGCCAAACGCACCUGCAGGUGGGUGGGGUGGCUUUGGGGUCGACUCAAGGGUUAACCUCGAACUGGCUAUUGGGCCGCACUGUGGACAUGCGGGACCUGCUGACUCAGCGGCUGAACAAGCUGACGAGGCACAACCUGGAUUAUAUCCUUGCCCGCAUGGAGGGGGCAGAUCUCUGCCACAUCAUGGAGACGCAUCACCUGCUGGACGUCCUACGUGGCGCACACCGAUUGGUCGCAGAGCACUGCCCUGCCAUUGACUCCUUUGAAGCCAUUUUCACCGAGGCCACCCACGCCACCUCCCUCUCCUCACUCUCUUCCCGCACUGCCGCUUAUCACUGCCCUUCCAGGGUCAUGCCCCCUCUCAUCAACUCCUUUGAGGUCAUCUCGCCCUCACCCACCCACGCUACGUCCCUCUCCUCGCUCUCCUCCCGCACUGCCGCUUAUGUAAGUGGCAGGCAUUGGCAUCAUGACACGGCCCUUUUCAGCACUCCCAUAGCACUUCCAUCACCACUGCUAGCCGAGUCCACUCUCAUCCACUCCUUUGAACCCAUCUCCACCGGCCAAGGCCACCCACGCCACCUCCCUCUCUCCUCCCUCUCCUCCCGAAUGGGAGAGGUGGAGCAGGAUGUGCUUCCCAACUUCCUCUGGAACUCCACCACCCGCCGCUUUGUGUGGGUCGCCUCCCCGCUGCACCUGCAGCAGCGCCCCGUGCAAAGACCUGCAGUUCACCUGCCUUCUCCAGAGGUGUAUGAAGCCUUCAUGUUUGGAAACAAGGAUCUGAAUGAGGCCUAUGCGCACAUCUGUGUGCUGCACGCGCAGUUCAUAGGGCAGCCGCAUGUAGAUGCUGUGGUGGCACUGCUGGGCCCGCACUCUCUGCCCAUGCUGCUGCAGUUCUGCCUUGACUCCCUCUCCCACAAGGUAUGUGGUGCUGACUAUAGGUUGCUCUCAGUGGAUUGCGCACAUCUGUAUGCUGCACGCGCAGUUCCUGGGGCAGCCGCACGUGCAUGCUCUGGUGGCGCUGCUGGGCCCGCACUCCCUGCCCAUGCUGCUGCAGUUCUGCCUUGA